AUGACCGAGGCCGCUUCCGGUUGCCACACCAAGGCAGCAGCAGACAAGGCGUCGCAAGAAGCCUCUCGCCUAGCUGUCGUCUACUGCCGCGGCAUCAACAUAGCCAAGCGCCUUGCCUCAGAAGAGGCCACACAGCUCAAGACAGACCACGUCAUGUUUACCACGUCAGCGUUUAGCACUAGCCUCAACUACGGUCAGGUGUCCCUUGUCGUCCACUACAGUGCGCCUUACGACCUCAUCAACUGGAAUCAGAUGGCUAGUUGGGCCAGGCGCAACGGCUCACCUGCCGUUGCCGUCAUCCUCUACGUUGCCAGGAACACUGUCCUGGACAGGCCCCUGUCCCAGUUCCUUGCUGCCCCGUGCUUCCGCCAGUUCACGGACGCCUACUUCGACGGCGCCACCGACCAGUUGACCUGCCUCGACCGCUUUGACCAAGCGCCUUGGGGUUAG